AGAUGUUUCAGUCGCUAAAGCGAUGUCCAAUAGAACACAUUGCACAAUUCAGUUAAUCGUGUAGCUUAGAAGACUACAACUAAACAUUUCAGAACAGCACUUUAAGUUUGCAAUAUUUUCGCCAGUAUAUAGCGAGACAGUGAUUUAUCACAGAGAACGGAACGAAAACGGGAGAUACCAAAGAAAUUUUCCAGAUUCAUACAUGUAGGAGAGUAGGGAGAUUUAAUCAAGCAGGAUUGGCCAUAUCCUGGAAAAAAAGACGAGCUCUAAAUGCAAAUGGUGCUUGCCAAUAUAACUGCGGUACUAACAAUGUAACUUGAAUCUCUUAUUUUGAAUCGAGUGAUAUCUCUAGUAAAUAUCUAGGUGAAUCUAAUUGGACAAUUUUAUUUUAGAUGACGGAUUAUAUAAUAAUAUUUCAUGAACUAUGUAUUAUAAUUAUAUGAAUUAUAAUUAUAUGAAUAUAAUUUUGUAUUAAAUAAAAUCAUAUAUUAUAAUUAUAUGAAUAUAAUUGUGUAGUAAAUAAAUUCAUGUCAUGACAAAGAUAAUAUCUUAAAUAAAAUACAUUUACCUUUCUAUUAACGAAAAAAAAUUCCGUGCAAAAUUUCAGCGAAAUAAAAAAAAUAUAUGCAUCAGCAAAGUUGACGCUAAAUAAAAGUAUGAAAACAUCAAUUUUAUGAAUGUUUAUGUUUUUGAAAUUUAUUUUAUAUUUUUUUUUAAUUUUAAGUCUUGAGAAUAUUUUUAUCAAGUUUUACGUCCAAAUUGGAUAAGACGACGGAAUUAUGUACUGAUAUUACGACUUCGAAAGAAAGGAAGAGAAAAAUUGGAAAUAGAAAAUAUGCAAUCUUCGAAAUAGAAAAAUAAUAUAUUACAUAAAGGACAUAAUUUACUAUUUUUAUUUAAGACUUUAAUUAUGUUUUCUAUUUGUUUCUGAAUAAUCUUUUGUAGGUUCUUUGUAUUCGUUAUCUCAUUUAGAAAAGAGGCCUUUGCGGUUUCGAACAAAUUAGUUUUUAACUCAGAAUGUCACAAUAAGGAAUUGUCGGGCAAGAAAUAGAAACAUACAUAAGAAAUAAAGUCAGCAAAUUUUGUGUUCUAACGUGUCUAAACGUGUAAUAUGUAAACACACAAUAUCUUGAAAUAUAAAUGUAUAUUUAAUCUAGUUCUUGAAAACAAAUAUCGUUUCGUUAUUAUUUGAUUUAAUCCAGUUUUUGUGCAAAGCCAAACAAAGGAGAGAGUGAUUGGCUAUAAAAACGUUCGCAAGAGAACAAUAUUAAAGGCGAACGAGAAGACGGCAUAGGACAUUCUGGCAUAAGCGAGAAGAGUAUCAAGUGAAAACACAAUUCGAAGAUGAACGUUAUUACCGCAAAUUAACUUUCUGAAAUCCCCCGAUUAAAUGAGGAUCAACUGAUUCGACCACGAGGACAUUCAUUAAUUUUUAUCGAAUUCAAUCUUGACUCACGUUACGCAAUCAUGGAGAAUUGCAUGAACGCUAGUUGUGCAGCUGCCGCGAGCGGCAAUACGACGUCCAUUUUUCUACAAUUGGUGAACAUGAUUCUAGCCGCACAGUGCAACUUGAGCAGCCACGACAAUUACCCACCGGAUCGCACGAAAGAAAUCCUAGACAAUCCCAACUUUGACUUUAUUAUCGUGGGCGCGGGAAGCGCCGGAUCCGUGCUGGCCAAUCGUUUAACUGAACGAAACUGGAAAGUACUGCUGAUAGAAGCCGGCGACUACCCGACAUUUGCUAACGAAAUACCCGGAUUGUACAUGCAGUUGCUAAGAUCCCCGGGGGAUUAUUACUACGAGGUCGAGCCCGAGAAAAAGGCUUGCCUGGGUUCCAAAACGAAAAGGUGCAGAUGGAAUAAGGGCAAGGUUCUCGGCGGCAGCUCCUCAAUGAACGGUAUGCUUUUCGUUACUGGCAACGAGCAAGACUACAACGAGUGGGCCCAGAUGGGUAACGUAGGCUGGAGCUAUAAAGACGUUUUCCCGUACUUCAAGAAAAUGCAGAACUGCGGCAGCGCGAACACUCCCGCGUGGAGAAAGAAAUUCUGUAGUCCUGACGGGCCGUUGCAUGUCAGAUAUUACAACUACUCCGACACUGAAAUAUACCAGUUGAUCAUGAAUGCCACCAGAGACAUAAACAUACCUACUCUGAAGCCUCUCGUCAAUGACAAGUACAUUGGAUACGGUUUGGCUGAAGGAACUUUGGACGAUGGCCGCAGGAUGAGUGCAGCGAAAGCAUACCUGCAUCCUAUCAGAAACAGGGAAAAUCUUUACCUCAUGACGAAUGCGCGAGUUGACGCUGUGCUCUUAAGGGAACGUAAUGCAUAUGGCGUACAAGUAACACUGAAGAACGGCAAGUCGGUCCGCUUGCACGCGACGAAAGAGGUGAUCCUCUCCGCUGGUAGUAUCGCCAGCCCACAAAUAUUGAUGCUCUCCGGCAUCGGACCCAGAGAGCAUCUUACCAAAAUGGGAAUAAAGACUGUUGUUGAUUUGUCCGUCGGUAAAAAUCUUCAGGACCAUAUUGGCUGGCAAGGCAUGUACUUGACCUACAAGAACGACUCUAAUAUAGACGUUACGCCUAUAAACUUCCUGGACGAGGCUUACCAGUGUCUGAUAAAUAAACGAGGUAUUUUCUCAACUUUGCCUGGCUUCGAUGUCGUAGGUUUCCUCAAUUUAACCAACAUGACUUCCAAGUAUCCCGACGUCCAGUUCCUUCACGUUCAUUAUUUACGAAAAGACAUACAGAAGAUAAAGGCGAUAACGAAUAUGUUCGACGUGGACGACCGUAUAGUCAAAGAAUUAAUACUCAAGGUUACCGAUCAAGACAUACUGCAGCCUAUUCCGGCUGUGCUAAAACCGAAAAGCGUGGGUGAGUUGCUGCUACGUAGCAAGAAUCCGGCAGUUCCUGUCAAAAUACACGCGAACUACUACUCCCAUCCGGACGAUAUCAGAACAAUGUGGGAAAGUUAUUACUACAUCAGAAAACUGCUGCAGACCAAGACGUUCACAAAACUGAAUAUGAAUUUGAAGUAUGUGGAGAUUCCAGAUUGUAAAAACCAAAAAAUGGACUACAAUGACUAUUGGACAUGUAAUAUGCGACAUUUGUCCUUCACGUUUUUCCAUCCUGUUGGUACUGCCAAAAUGGGUCCUCGAAGCGAUCCCACGGCCGUCGUGGAUCCUCGAUUGAGAGUUCACGGUAUACAUAGACUGAGGGUCAUCGACGCAUCUAUCAUGCCAAGAAUCACUAGCGGUAAUACAAAUGCGCCUACGAUGAUGAUAGCGGAGAAAGGCGCGGAUCUUAUCAAGGAAGACUGGGAUCCAAGCACAUAAACAUUCAUUUUUGGACAAUAAUAAAGUGUGAGCAUGAAUGAAGUAUAUUUUGGAUAAGAUUGAGAUCAUUAAAUCAAAGAAGACGCAUAAAACGAGUUUGGAAUGGCAUGUAAUAUUUUUAAGACUAAGACCUUUCUUUAUCUUGUUGUAUUAUAAAUUAUAAACUAAAUUGGAAAAUCUUAUUUGGAGAAGGAAAUCGAAUAUUUAGCAAAAUUUUAUCAUAUAUAUGUGAUUUUAUAUGUUAUAUAAGUUAUAUAAGUUUAUAUGUUAUAUAAGUUUAUAAUAUAUAUGUUUAAUAAUACAUAUUUUAUAUAUAUAUAUAUUUAUAUAUAUAUAAAAUAUAUUAUAAAAUAUAAUGUAUAAUUAUAAAUUUUUAUAUACAGAGCCAAAAGUUUUGGAACGGCAAAAUAUCCAAAAAAAAUAUUGAUUUAUUUAAAAAAUGCUUGAAACAAAAUUAAUAGAGUUUAAAAAAAGCUAUCAGCUUACAUAUUGAUAUUUAUUUGAUCUUAACAACGCUUCUCAAGAAUAUCCCAAGAUCAUUCCAACUUUUGGCGAGUUUUGUAUAUUUGAUUAUAUAUAUAUAUAUAUAUAUAUAUAUAUAUAUUUUAUAUUGAUUUCAUAAAUCUUAUCACAUAUGUCACAUACAAACACAUAUACUUCUCCAAGUAGAUGGAUUUAUAAUAACAUUUUGUCAACUUAAAUAUCAUAAUGGUUGUACAAGUAUAAAAAUGUUUUAAAACUUGCUUAGUACUCUCGCUAGCAAAUGUUAAACCAUGUUUAUAAGUUUUUAAUACACAUUCCUAAUAAAUAAUUACAACUGUGUUUUUA